AGUGGGCCACGAUAAGGAGGUUAAUCCGGUUCACCGGCAAAACUUUAAUCCGUUUUCAGAAAGUUACAUUGCAAAUCAACGAGAAUUCAAUCCAGACGCAGGAAUACCUUUACAGUAAACCCAUUUACUCUCCAGAGGCAAAAUGCCCGCCAAACGGUCACACGAGGAUUUAGAUGGCAUCCAUGAAUCAAGACAGCCACAGGUCCACCAAGACGAUCCCAAACCUGCAAAGAAACCCCGCCGAGAGGGACCACCAAAGAUCAGGAAGCAAGUGCACGCAUCCAGCGUGAAUGCUGUCAAGAAGCGGAUACGUGAUGUGACUCGUCUUCUUUCACGAUCCGAGGAUUUGCCAGCAGAUGUCCGUCUUGAAAACGAGCGAGCACUCGCUGCUUACCAGCAAGAGCUUAAUGCUGCCGACGAGGAGAAGGCAAGACAGCGAAUGGUAAAAAAGUACCACAUGGUACGGUUCUUUGAGAGACAAAAGGCAACGAGAACGCUCAAAAAAUGGAAGAAGCGCCUGCUAGAAGCGACGACCGGGGAAGAAGUCGAGGAUAUCACAGCUCAGAUGCAUAUUGCCGAAGUUGACCUAAACUACGCUCAUUCAUACCCGCUGAACGAACGAUACAUCAGCUUAUAUCCACCGAAAGGCGCUGAGGAGAGUGAAGACCAGCAAAAAGAUGCUGUAAAGCCACCGAUAUGGGCAGAGAUUGAAAGGCGGAUGGAGGAAGGCACACUGAAGGAACUACGGUACGGUGUGAGAGAGGGGCAUGUUGAGAAGCCAAAGACGGUCCGGCAGAAACCAGCAACAACAAAACCACGACUUGCGUCGGAGACUCAGAAUUUUAAGAAGAGGGCCGAACCAGGAGAACGUGUGGGACAGAUGGAACGUGUUCCGGAGCCGCAGGACUACACCUUGAACCGCAGGGAGAGGAGGAAGGCCAUGAUUAAGACUGGCGCUUUAAUAACGUCGAAGGCGGCCAAGAAGCCCGCAAUCCACGAACCAAUGGGCAAUGAAGUGGACAACGAUGAUCACGGCAGCGAUGGAGGAUUCUUUGAAUGAUUUGUAUAGAACAUAUAUGAUUCUGUGGAGUUUGGAUAACUUCCGGUAUACCCAAUACGGAUACACACUUUUUACAUGCCCUCAUGAACUGUUCACCCCUCUUGAAAUCAAUUGAAGCAUUCUGUAUCUACCAGAUAUACUCGUGCCGCCCAAAAGUCCGAGGACCGUGUGAGGCAGAGAAAGUUAACACUGGUAUUUAAGUUGACAGAAAUUACUAUGUUUGCUAUAUUUUUGAGUAACGCACUUGGAUACUACAACCCUGAGUGAUUCGGAGCAUUUAUUUUACUUACAGUUUCUGUAAUCACUACGGUAAUGCAUAGUCUCUCUUCAGACUUUUGGCGGCACUGCCUUCUAACUCAAUCCUCUCUAAGCCUAUCCUCUCU